CAGACUUGCCUGCAUGUUCUGUGCUACUCUAACACACCUGAAUUAGCUCAUCAGGCUCCUCAGAAACAUGAAAAUGACAGUUACUAAAUGUAUUUCUCUCCUCUAACACAAAUGAUUUAUUUUAGUGGGUGAUUAACAGGCUUCUUUAGCACUUGAGAACAUGCUGAAGAGAUAAUUCAAACAUUGGAACACUUUGUUGGAGCAGGAAAGAUCUAAACAGGCAGGACGGUGGACCUUGAGGACCAGGAUUAUCCACCACUUAAGUAGUUUAACAGGGAAAGAGAAAUUCUUUUAUAACUGGUACUGUUGGGAUGUCCAACCUUACUUUGAACGUGUAUGCCGUGUAUGCUCAGUUUGAGCUGGGAGAUAUGCUCAUUUUUAUAACAAUAAAAAGGACAGGGAAAAAAUGCAUGGAGUGCAAAAAUUCAUUAAAGAAUUUUCCAUCAUUGUCAUUACAGGAAGUGCUUGUAGGGGUGCUAUAAAAACUCAUCAUCCUCUCCUUCACUCUCACUCAUGGUGCAGAGACGUAAGCAUAGUAGGACAAAAUAACUCAAAAACAAAAACACUUCGAGUUUGACAUUCGUGAUUUCAGCCACAAGAUGGUUCCACUUGGAUGCACAGUAAAUGAGUUAUAUGAGCAGACCAAAAUAAAAAUGCUGCGAAUUUAUUUGUGUACUCGAGAAAAGGAAAAAGAGGAUUCUCUCACAGAUGUCAUUCUUUCGGACACAUCUUCGGAUUUCGAACCUUCUGAACCUUCUGAGGACAGAUCCGCAAAGAACAGAAGAAAACAGAUAAAAGCUGCAAGAAGCCACAUCAUCAGAAAAUCCGCCAAGAAGACUGAAAGAGGCAAUCAGUAUGAUCCCAAAUCAUCAGAUUCUGAUACAUCACCCAGUGUCUUCACAAAGAAAAAUCAUGGACUAGGAGGAGAAUCAAGUAAGCAGUCAAGACCCCACUCUGAGUUGCACUACAUAGAGAUUCUCCAUUCACCUCCUCCAGAUGAUGAUGAUGGGAGUAAUUUACAUUUACCCACAAGCAACCAGGAAGUUGAAGAUGACUGCCUAAUCCUAGCUUUUCAUGAAGAGGCAGAACAGUUAGUCGGUGAGCCUAAUCUUGCCCAGGCUAUCAAUGCAUCUCUUGAAGACUUUGAAAUACAGUUUGGACCUCACUCUGGCGAUGAUGGAGCAAGUCUUGUCUCCACUCUUCCCUGGAAUCCAGAUACUCUCGACACAAAUCAGCAUUCAACGUGGAGUGAAGGAUCUGCAUCAUCAAAUAUCGAUCAAGUGUUCCAAACCACACCUGUAAUGGACAUCCGCUGUGUUUCAAUUAGGCGUAUCAAUGUAGUUCAGGAUCUCAUAGAUGUCUUUAUGGACCCAGAAGUCCUUAAUACAAAGCUAAAGAUGGAUUUGAACAAUGAAAAAGGUUUUGAUGGUGACGGUGUAUCCAGAGAAGUCUACUCUGCUUUCUGGGAGCUUUUCUUAGAACAAUGUGAGGGGGAGGAGGAACGAGUUCCCAGACUUCGACCAGACUUCACGCAAGAGCACUGGGAAGCUGUUGGAAGAGUUUGGUUGAAAGGAUAUCUGGACCAUGGCAUCAUACCAAUCCAACUGUCACCAGCUUUUGUUCUUGCUUUCUGUCAAGGAGUCAGUUCAGUAGAUGAGGAACGUUUGAUGAUGUCCUUUAAUACAUUUAUUUCAGGGCCUGAGCGAAUGGCAGUUGAGAAAGCUCUCCAAAACAACAUGGAUGAAACUGUUGAAGAAGACCUGCUGGAUCUUUUUUCUAGAAUGGGCUCACAUUGUCUGCCCUCAGGAGACCAUUUACGGGCCUCUCUUUUAACAAUGGCACAUAAAGUAUUGCUUCAAGAGCCAAAGUUUAUAAUAGACUGUUUCCACUCCAUCAUCCACAAUGUGGUUCCACCUCUGACUGAAAAAGACAUCAUGAACCUUUAUGAGUCUAAAAAGCCAACAAACAAAAAAGUGGCCCAAACAAUAAAGCCAACAGUGGAAAACCUUGAUCCACAGCAGCAGUCAGCCUUUAACCAUCUGGUAAGGUAUGUGAGAAGUGCUGACCAAAAAAAACUGUAGAAAUUCUUGCGCUUCUGCACAGGGUCCACAGUUCUUUGCCAGGACAAAAUCGAAGUAACCUUUAAUAGGCUGUCUGGUUUAAGUCGAAGAUUAGUGGCGCACACCUGCGGUGCCGUCCUUGAAUUACCAUGUACAUAUAGUUCAUACCCAGAGUUUCGAGCAGGGCUGGACAACACUCUGUCAGGUGACUGCUACACAAUGGAUAUUCUGUAAAAGACCAGUGAAUCAGUGCUUUUUUUUUCCUGUCUUUUUCCUGUCUCUUUAGUUUUUGGGCUUUUGCUUAUGGCACCAAUUCCUUUCUAAAAAUUUAGCAGUAAACUCAAGAACUAUUUGUUGUAUUUACUUCAACAUUUUAUUUUUUUAUCAGUCUGAAUUUGGUGUAAAUGUCAGAAUUUAGAGCUCCGUCUCCCCCUCUGGUCACCAGCUGGAACCAUCUCAGGAGUUCUAACCACAAUUCCUGUAUAGUGCACACCUGACUUUCAUUCACUCAGCCACAGCAUACUUGAGCUCUGUACUGAACUUACCACAAAGUAUUGUUUGUGCCACACUGUCUUCCUUAUCAUAUCUUGUAUCUGGACCUGAUUUUCUGUCUUCUGACCCAGACUCUGGUUGCCUGCCUGGACCCUUGCCGCCACUAUUUUGAACAUACUGUCUCUCCUCGGAUGAAAUUAUGCCUUUUAUUGAUUGGCUGACUGACUAAAGUAAUUUAAGUUUGUGGACUUUCA